CCCUCAGAACUUUCCCAUCCCCGCCCCUACACAGCCUCUCUGUCUCCCGGACAAAGGUGGUUUCAUGAGGGUUGGGGCCCCUCCACACUGUUCAGGGUCAUCCCUCCCCCGCCUCCUUGGUGGGAAGGGAGCCCAGGCAGGUGAGGUCCCCAGGGCAGCUCUGCCCAUCUGCUCUCCCCAGCGCGCAGCACGACCUGGAGAGUUGAAAGGAGAGCCCCAGACUAAGAGUCAGGUCUGCACCCCACCCCCACCCCGGCGCUUGGUGCCUUUCCAGGCGGUGGGAGGCGAUUUUCACACUGUGGCCCUGAGCUCACUGUGGCCAGCCCUCCUGGACAGCCGGCUGGCCCAGGCCCAGGGUGUAGGAAAAUCUCCGUGGCCAUCCCCCACACGCUCACAGCCACCACCUGCCUGCCCACAGCUUCUGAACUGCAUCACGGACAUGGCUGAGAAGACACGGCGGUCUCUCACGGUGCUGCGUCAGUGCCAGGAAGCCGACCGCGAGGAGCUCAACCACUGGAUCCGGCGCUACAGCGACACCGAGGACGCCAAGAAGGGCCCCAUGCCUGCCACUGCCCGGCCCCUCAACAGCUCCGCGGAUGCCCACCGGGAGUUCAUGCCUCGGACCCUCUCUGGCUACAUGCCCGAGGAGAUAUGGAGGAAGGCUGGUGAGUGCCGUCGCCCUGGGGGGGGGGGCAGGGGGCUUCUUGCCCUCUCAUCGGAGCUUCCGUCUGCAUGGGUGCUCAUUUGGCAAAGCUCACAGGGCUCUACAGACCCUGCAGGGGGGUCGGAGUGCACUUAGUAUUCAGGGCAGGACAGCUGCUGCCUGACAUCGGCAGACAAGUGAGUGUGCCUCUCAGCAGGACACAGCAGGUCCCUGAGUCCUGCAGCAGGGUCCCUGAGAGGUUUUGAUCGUGGAUGGAUUCAAUGUGAAGUGUGAGGAAAAGGGAGAAAAUCUCAGGAUCUUGAGAGCAGAGAGAGGGGAGCGUCCCACCCCAGAGUCGGAGGCCGAGGGGCCACAGACGGGCAGCAGCUGCCUAGAGCAAGGUGGGGGAAGGCCCAGGCCUGGCAGGAGGAUGGGGUCCUCAUUUCCCUUGGCCUGUUCCCUCUGGCCCAUGGUGGACCCUUGGUGACAGCCGCACAGGGCUCCGAUGGUGACUUGGGGGGCAGGCAGCUCAUGGGCACGGGGGCACUGCUGGCAUCUCGGCCACACCCAGCGUGCAAAGGCCCACACAGAAGGCUCAUUAACAGGAGCCCUGCUCAACCCCACCCCAGUUCCCUCACACCACAGCAAGAAGAGCACUGCCAGGUAAACUGAGGCAGGGCUGAGCGGCCAUGGGUGGUUGCCAGUCCUGGAGAGCGUACUGAAGCCCAAGCAGGUGCUCUGGCGGUAGCCAGACAGCUCAGCCCACAGCAGCAACCCCAGGGACGGCGUGCUUAUCUUCAGACGGGAGCAGGCC